AUGGAUCCGAGAAUCAAGAGGAUCCUAACUCGCCUGGCUGUGAUAGCAAGCUUCUUCCAGAAGCUCGUCAGCAUAGAUCUGCUCGAGUCGGAGUUCCCAUCGGUCAUGGAGAUAGAGAGGAUCGGCAAUGGACUAUGCUGGGGCCCAGCUGCAGAGCUCGUGGGACAGGGUGCUCUCUGGCUCGCCCUGGCUACUUGGGAGGGCCUCCGCAUUCGAACGAGGAACUUUCAGUCAUCAGAAGGGGAUCUCUAUCUGCCAAUCGACAAAGACAGCUUUGUGCACCACGGUGCAGCAACGGCAGCCUUCAAGUUGAUUACGGAGCUGGAAGGAGGCAUGGGUUUGUCUACAUUCUUCGCAGACGAGACCUACGUGAAGGCGCUUGAGAUCGAGGAGCUUGAAACAAUUCAAGGCGAAAUGAUGCUUGCAUGGCUGCCCAGCCUCAUUCACGUCCCUCUGGACGGUAAACCCUCUGCAUUCCAGUCCUUGCUUCCCGUGAAAUUCCCAGAGAGGAACCACUUUCCGUUGAACGAUAUCGCGGAGAUUUUCCUGCAGAAACGUCCCGGUCAGCUAUUGGGAGCCUACCUAGGUGUGCCACUUCGCUUCGUCGGUGGCCUAGACGGAGACAUUGUCGCGCACGAAGUCACUCUGCUUCCUAAGACAUUACUGCAGCAGAUCGAGGCACAAACAGGAUUGGAUGCAACCGACGCUCUAUUUUCUGACCUGGGCUGUUAG